AUGCAAACAUCUGUUUCAUUUUUGGAUUCCAAAUUAAAUAAUAUAAGAUUGAUUUUUUUGAAUUUAAUUUUGUGAUACAUUUGCUUCCUCGAAGAUGGACACAUGAAUCAACAUUUUUGGAAAAAAACAAUAUAUAACUUGAAGUUUAAAAUCCAUCUCUCUCAUCGUGAAAAGUGUCAAAUUCUACAAAAUACAAUAUGGCUCGUCGUAGUCAUAAUGAAACCUUUAUUCUCCUAAGAAAUAAUGCCCAAAAGAAUCGUUCUUUUUAUCGAGAUUUUAAUAAAGAUGAUGAACGUGUCAAAUUAGUCGGAGAUAAUGGUGAUGACGAUGAAGAGAUUUACGAUAUGGAAUUGACCGAUAAUAAAAUUGUGGGCAGUGAAAAUGGCGAACUAUUUCAUGAUACAGCAUUUCCUUCAUGGAUAUCAACAUUGGAUGAAUUCCGUUAUGAGUCUUUCAAUAUCCGAGAUAAAAUUGAACAAUUAAAAAAAACUCAAUUAGAACACCUUAAACAACAAAGUACAGCCAUAUUUGCCGAUGAUAUAGCAACUGAAAAACUAAAAGAUUACGAAAUGGAAAUUGAUCGCCGAUGUCAAGAACUAAACAUAUUAUUCAAUCGGCUUCAUUCAAUUGUGAUGCAUUUUAAAACAUUGAAAAGUUACGGCCAAAUAAAUGGAAAUUGGAAACAAUCGCAAACACAAGCUCGAAUGGUGUCAAAUAUUUUGAGGAAUAUAUUCCAAUUUCAAGUACAAGAAGUUGUUGCGCUCACCCAAUUGUUUCGAUCAUGUCAACGUGUCUAUUUUGAACGACGUAAUGAAGCAACAAAAGUUGAUCCCGAAUUCGUCAUUACAUUUGAUAGUGAUCUAUUGGAAAAAGAAUUAAAUAAUGAUAAUAGAAUGGUAAAAACUUCAUUCGACGAUGAUUCUGUGUUUUUUGAUAAUGUUCAUGAUAAUAGCAAUCAUCAAACGCAACAACAGAAACAAUUACAGAUUUCCUUAGAUGAUCAGAUCAAAAUCGAUCAUUCUAUCAAUGAUCAUCUUCGUGAACGAGAACGUGAAAUGAAUUCAAUAAUGAAAUCAUUUGUUGAAUUGAAUCAGCUAUUUCAAGAAGUUCAAACACUUGUUGUUGAUCAAGGUUCAGCAUUGGAUCGAAUUGAUUACAAUAUCGAACAAGUUGAACAUAGAGUCGAAUUGGGAGCUGUAAGUCUUGAGAAAGCACAUCAAAGCAUUAGUCGUGUUCGUAAAUUAAAGCUUAUCCUUGGCGCCGGUUUAUUCUUAUUUCUUUUGUUUAUAUUUCUCAUCAUAAGAUCUUGAUUUUUUUGUCCAGACACACAAACACACCACUCUCAUUAUCACUGUUCAUUCCAAUA